AUGGUAAGCUCAAAUAUAAAAACUUUGUGCGACGAAAUCAAAGGUAUUUGGGGGAAGAUGAAGUCUGGAACUUUGUUGAUCCUCGUGCUGGUGGGACUAUGCGGUAAGAACGGUACAUGGUUGAGGAAUUUUUAGCCCUCUCCGUCAGCGCUCAAGGCUAUCAGCCCGGCGGUUUUAUGGACAAGAUGAUAGACAAGUUCAGAAUAUGGAGAGACCGUUUUGUAAACUGGCUCGAUCCUCGCAGAGCCAAUCAGCAAUAUGGCGGAUAUGACCCGAGCCAGAUGCAAGCGCCAAUGCCCAUACAGCCGCCAAUGCAACAGCAAUUCCAAGGCGGCAGCAUGCAGAACAUCCCGCAAUAUGGAUAA